AAAUCAAGCGAAAAUACGGAGCCCACAGCCCAGAACCUAGAAAUCGAACCAAUUAGUGCGUGAUUUGAUUUACAAUAUAAGAAGUUAUUACAAAAUUCGAUCGCCGAGGUAUAAAUCAAAAGGUUCCUGCGGAGACGUUUUACCAACAUAUCUCCGGACAGGGCCGAGCCAAAGUAAAUCGCUUUUGAUUGAUUGAUGGAACGGGCCAUUUGCCGAUAAGCAGGAACAACGAUAAAGUUUCUCCAACAAAAUCACUGCCUUCCACGACAGGGACAGCCUAGAGCCUCGUCCUGGGAACAAGUACCGCCAGCGGCGCAUCGACGGCCAUUUGGAGGAGCAGCUGGUCAAGGAGAAACGUGUCACCAAGUUCCCGCUAGUGGGUGCCCUUGUCCACAAGGCUCUGCGGCGUCGGGAGGGGGAGAAGGAGAGGGAAAUCCCGGAUCGCAGGAACAACAAAGCAGGCAACAACAACGAGGAUUGGGAGCCCGACAGGAUGGUGCUACCGUUCGGACUUGGGCCCGAUGGCCACCACGUGGACGCCAUUCAGAGUGCUCCGGCGCCCAGUGCGCCGCCCGCCCACAUGAUGCCACCCGCCUACUCCCGGGGCCAGACCAACAUCUACACAGGCGUGCCGAUCAUCGUGAAUCCCUACAUAGACUUCAUCGUCGUCAACGGGGAUGAUCGGUACAUGAUCAGGUGCGAGAGGAAGUCGGUGCUGGAGCGGAGCGUGGAGCUGGCCAAGCUCAUCCACGCCGGCCCGAACAGCGGGCGGAAGAGCGACAACCACUUCCAGAUACUCAACGUGGACAAGAACGACUUCGAGCUCAUCGUCCGCUACAUGGAGAAGCACUUCAUCCCCUAUCGCGACCACAAGCACCUGCUCAAGAUACUCGAGCUAUCCGAUCGCUUCAACGUUCCAGAUCUGAUUAUCUACUGCAUUCGCGAACUCGAUCUCCGAAUCUCGUGUGCCACCGCCCUGGACAUCUUCAAGGCGCUGUGGUUCUACCAGGGCAUCGCACUGACCAACCAGCACCAGACGGUGAUCACCACCCAGGAGACGGGUCAGCAGCUGGCCAAGAAGAAGGCGACCAAGGCGAAGGCGGCGGCCAAGCAGCUGGCGGCUGCCAAGGCCGCCCAGGCCACCGAGAACGGAGCGGAGGGCGACGGAGCCCAGGUGAACCUCAUUCCCAACCCGAAUCCCUUUACCACCGAAGAUUACGGCGUUGCCCUGCUGCACAACACGCUCCAGCUGAUCGACAUGCACGCGGAGUUCCAGCUUUCGAUGCCGGAGAUCAGUGACCUGCGCUUCGAGGAGCUGGAGACGCUGGCCAAGAGGGACACGCUGCAGCUGAGGUCGGAGGUUACCCUGUUCGAGUGUCUGGCCUCGUGGAGUCUGGCGGAGUGCGCCCGCAAGCAGAUCGAUGCCACUCCGGAGAACCGCAGAACUGUCCUGGGACCCCUGUGCCUCACGCCCCGCUACUUGCGGAUGACCGCCAGCGAAUUCCGACGAUGCUGCGAUCGCCUGGAGCUACUGCCACCCGCUGAGAUAGCCCUCAUCAGCGACGCCCUCGAGGGCAAAAAGCUAAAGAACCUCACCGAUCAGCAGGCGGAGCUCAUGGAGAAGUUCCGCCAGCCCCGCGCCGAGUACGCCCGGAUGCCCGUGCACCUGAGCGACCGGAGCAGUCCGAAGAACUACCCGAAGAAGAUGCGGCUGGCCCACGAGGGUCGGCCCACGGAGGAGGGCUGCUGGGAGAAGGUGGGCAUGAACUGUCUGCGCAUCUUCGUCUGCAUAUUCGACUGAUCCGAGCAGUCGGACGGCGAGGAGGAGGACGAGGACGAGGAGGAGGCCGACGACGAGGACGAGGAGGACGACGACGAGGAUGGGGGAGAUGGGUUCGCGGGCGGUGGAAACGGAGGUGGCAGGAACCUUCGCAGAGACGACGGCGGAUGAGAGGACGAUCCCACAUAGACUUGUUGCAUUAAACGAAUAUUAGCGCUUAUGAAUUACUUAUACAUAGAGUUAACGAUUACGUUAGUCUUAUGGGGGACAAGUGAGGGCCACUACUGUGGCAGUGAUUUUAUAGCAGCCGUUUCUAACAAUACUAUAUAGUGUUAUUUAUAUACACGCAGAUAUAUGCGGUGUGUGCGUGGGUUGUGGUUGAACCAACCGUCAACUGCGAAUCGAUUGGGUUUUGUAUUUACUCGCUAGUCAAAUGGAAUCAAUGGAAAUACCAAACUUUUAUACAACUUUAUGCAACGUUUUGUAGCUGGACUCAAAAUACCAACAUAACAAACAUAAAACUAUGGAAUAAAACCGAAGAAAGUAAAAA